GAAAGCGCGAGGACCGUCGCCGCCUCCGCCACCGCGCCGCCGUGCCGGAUCCGAGGAGCCCCGGCCGUAGCCCCAGCGCACCUUCCGCCGCCGGCUCCUGCGUCCUCGGACUCGUUCCAGCAGCCUGUUAAAACAUGGUGGAUUACUAUGAAGUUCUAGGCGUGCAGAGACACGCCUCGGCCGAGGAUAUUAAAAAGGCAUAUCGAAAACUGGCACUGAAGUGGCAUCCAGAUAAAAAUCCUGAGAACAAAGAAGAAGCGGAGAGAAAAUUCAAGCAAGUAGCUGAGGCGUAUGAGGUGUUGUCAGACGCUAAAAAACGGGACAUCUAUGACAGAUACGGCAAAGAAGGAUUAAACGGUGGCGGUGGAGGUGGAAGUCACUUCGACGGUCCGUUUGAGUUUGGCUUCACAUUCCGAAACCCAGAGGACGUCUUCAGGGAAUUUUUUGGUGGAAGGGACCCAUUUUCAUUCGACUUCUUCGAAGACCCGUUUGAGGACUUCUUUGGGAGUCGAAGGGGCCCCCGUGGAAGCCGGAGCCGAGGCACGGGCCCGUUCUUCUCUGCUUUCGGCGGAUUCCCCUCCUUUGGAGGGGCAUUUCCUUCCUUUGAUACAGGAUUCAGUUCCUUCGGCUCGCUAGGCCACGGGGGCCUCACGGCGUUUUCCUCCUCCUCGGCCUUCGGCGGGAGCGGGAUGGGCAACUACAAGUCCAUAUCGACGUCGACAAAGGUGGUGAACGGCAGGAAGAUCACCACCAAGAGGAUUGUCGAGAAUGGUCAAGAGAGGGUGGAAGUUGAAGAAGACGGCCAGUUAAAGUCCUUGACGAUAAAUGGUAAGGAGCAGCUGCUGCGCUUGGAUAACAAGUAGCUGACCGCACGCGCGUAGCAGAACCCUAACUCUGGCACGCGCCAUGCGAGGAUUAACAGGAACAUUUUUUUGAAGAUUUCAAACGAACUCGACUUUCAGUAUAACUGUACCUAAUCUAAAGUAUUUAUACACAGCUCGUCGGAGCCCUGUUUGUCAUAGACUGUUGAGUUUACUGUUGGGACCACGUAAUAGGACCAUUUUAUUUGUCUUUAAAAUUGUUGUAAAUCUCUGUAUGCACUUUGCUUUUUAUUAAACGUAAUCCAAGGUGGCCGUGACUCUUUCGUACACUAACACCAGCACGGACUGCUUUUCCAUUGUGUUUGAAACGUGAGCCGAGUAGUCUCAGCCUGCUGUGAAGUUAACAUUGCCAGGAUGACUCUUCCACAGAAUAAUCUCAGUUUUUUCAGUAUUUAGUAGUGAUGAUAUUAAUACAUUAAUGGUAAUACAUUUCUGGUUUAAUGUGCAUUGAGGAUGUUUUCCAGUUGUGCAUGAAUGCUGGCAACUUAGUAAGUUUUGACAAUUGUUUAAAUAUGUAAUGUUAAGCUUAGGUUUAAAAAAGUUAAGCUGGUAAACUGGGUCUUUGUCAUUUGCUUUUAAAAAAAAAAAAGAAAAUAAAUGCAAAUGUGUUCGGUGCA